ACUUCAGAUGGACUACCUGCACUCUGCACUGACCAGUAAAAUGAAUUGGAUCACACUCCUGCUGGCCGGAUUGACAUUUUGGGGCAAAGUGUCCGUGCACAAUUGCUUAGAUUACGAUGACAGCUAUGAUUAUUAUGAAGAGGAGAAAACAGAGACGAUAGAUUACAAGGAUCCGUGCAAAGCUGCUGCAUUUUGGGGAGAUAUUGCCUUGGACGAGGAAGACUUGAAAAUGUUUCAGAUCGAUGGAACGAUAGAGCUCUCACAGCAGUCACAUGAGAGACAGGGACACAUGUCUGGUGGUCUAGGAGAGCAUAAUCCCAGUAAGAAGAGAGGCUCGUUAAAUCUGUUGCUUGACAGAAUACGACGGUUAGGCUUUGAGUCGUGGCCAGUAAACAGCAGUAAAGAUGUGCAAAGCUCUAAGGCUGGAGGUAGAAGUGGAACCAGCGGCAGAGGUGUGAAGUCUCGAGUGCCACGCGCUGCCACAUCCCGAGCAGAGAAGAUCUGGCCCGGAGGAGUCAUCCCUUACGUCAUAGGAGGCAACUUCACCGGAAGUCAGAGGGCCAUGUUAAAACAGGCAAUGAGACACUGGGAGAAACAAACGUGUGUGACGUUCAUCGAGAAAACCGAUGAGGAGAGCUACAUUGUCUUCACCCACAGACCCUGCGGGUGUUGCUCCUACGUUGGGCGCCGUGGCAAUGGUCCCCAGGCGAUAUCCAUUGGGAAGAACUGCGACAAGUUUGGCAUUGUUGUUCAUGAACUUGGACAUGUAAUUGGCUUUUGGCAUGAGCACACACGACCUGACCGGGAUGAUCACGUGACCAUCAUCAGAGACAACAUCCAACCAGGUCAGGAGUAUAACUUUAUCAAGAUGGAACCAGGGGAUGUCAACUCUCUUGGUGAGCCGUAUGAUUUUGACAGCAUCAUGCAUUAUGCCAGAAACACUUUCUCCAGAGGGAUGUUUUUAGACACGAUUCUUCCCUCUCGAGAUGAGAAUGGCGUCAGGCCUGCUAUAGGUCAGAGAACUAGACUCAGUAAAGGAGACAUAUCACAGGCCAAGAAGCUUUACAGAUGCCCAGCAUGUGGCGAAACACUGCAGGACUCAGUGGGUAAUUUCUCAUCUCCUGGAUACCCAAAUGGAUACCCAUCAUAUACACACUGUGUAUGGAGAAUCUCUGUCACACCUGGGGAGAAGAUAGUGUUAAACUUCACCACUAUGGACCUAUACAAGAGCAGCCUGUGCUGGUAUGAUUACAUAGAGGUUCGUGAUGGAUACUGGAGGAAAGCGCCACUGCUGGGUCGUUUCUGUGGUGAUAAAAUUCCAGAAGUUUUGGUGUCUACAGACAGUCGGAUGUGGAUUGAGUUCCGCAGUAGCAGCAACUGGGUUGGAAAGGGAUUCGCAGCAGUCUAUGAAGCGAUAUGUGGAGGGGAGAUCAAUAAAGACUCUGGACAGAUUCAGUCUCCAAACUAUCCAGAUGACUACCGUCCAUCUAAAGAGUGUGUGUGGAGGAUCACGGUGUCUGAGGGCUACAGCGUGGGCUUGAGCUUUCAGGUCUUUGAGAUCGAGAGGCAUGAUAGCUGUGCGUAUGACUACCUAGAAGUUAGAGAUGGUUUGUCUGAGACCAGCCCUCUGAUUGGUCGAUUCUGUGGCUAUGAUAAACCUGAAGAUAUUCAAUCCACUUCCAACACCCUCUGGAUGAAAUUCGUCUCUGAUGGGACUGUUAAUAAAGCAGGCUUUGCUGCAAACUUCUUCAAAGAGGAGGACGAGUGUCUGAAACCAGAUAACGGGGGCUGUGAGCAGAGAUGUGUGAACACAUUAGGAAGCUUCAAGUGUGCCUGUGAUCCUGGAUAUGAACUGGCCCCUGACAAGAAGAGCUGUGAAGCUGCAUGUGGAGGUUUGUUGACUAAGUUGAACGGCACAAUCACCACCCCCGGCUGGCCCAAGGAAUACCCCCCCAAUAAGAACUGUGUGUGGCAAGUUGUGGCCCCAUCUCAAUACCGCAUAUCCAUGCAGUUUGAAGCCUUUGAACUAGAGGGAAAUGAGGUGUGCAAGUAUGAUUUUGUUGAAGUGCGGAGCGGCUUGUCAUCUGACUCAAAGCUUCAUGGGAAAUACUGCGGUACGGAGGUUCCUGAGGUCAUUACCUCCCAGUACAACAACAUGCGAAUCGAGUUCAAGUCAGACAACACUGUCUCCAAGAAAGGCUUCAAAGCUCACUUCUUCUCCGAUAAAGAUGAAUGUUCAAAGGAUAAUGGUGGAUGCCAGCAUGAGUGUAUCAACACUAUUGGCAGCUAUGUGUGCCAGUGCCGCAAUGGGUUUAUACUGCACGAGAACAAACAUGACUGCAAGGAAGCUGAGUGUGAGCACAAGAUCCACAGCACAAGUGGAACCAUCAGCAGUCCGAAUUGGCCUGACAAGUACCCCAGUAGGAAAGAGUGCACCUGGGACAUCACUGCCACCCCUGGCCACCGUGUCAAAAUCUCUUUUAAUGAGUUUGAGAUUGAGCAGCACCAGGAAUGUGCAUACGAUCACCUAGAAGCCUUUGAUGGUGAUUCGGACAAGGCACCCAUCCUGAGCCGUCUGUGUGGCAGUAAGAUUCCAGAACCGCUUAUCUCCACGGGCAACAAGAUGUACCUGCGCUUCAUCUCUGAUGCCUCAGUGCAGCGGAGAGGCUUUCAGGCCACUCAUUCCACUGAGUGUGGCGGCAGGCUGAAAGCAGAAGCGCGGCAGAAGAACCUAUAUUCUCACGCUCAGUUUGGGGAUAACAACUAUCCUGGCCACACCGACUGUGAGUGGCUCAUAACGGCAGAGUCAGGUUAUGGCGUCGAGCUCACCUUCACUACCUUUGAGGUAGAGGAAGAAGCUGACUGUGGGUACGACUACAUCGAACUUUACGAUGGCUACGACACCGCAGCGCACAAACUCGGACGCUUUUGUGGAUCUGGGCCUCGUGAAGAGCUUUACUCUGCUGGCGAUGCCAUGUUGAUCCAUUUCCACUCUGAUGACACAAUCAGUAAGAAAGGCUUCCACAUCCGCUACACUAGUACAAAGUUCCAGGAGGCAUUACAGACACACAAGUAACAUCUCCACCAGAGAUGCAAGAUACUCCAAAGAUACUUAUGUUCAGCUCUAUGGAAGUGCUUUCAUUUUGACUCUAAACACCAAUCAGCUGCUCUUGUGUAUAGAGUAGCUCCACCAACUGGAGCACAGAGAUAUUCUACAGUGAACAGUGGUGACUGUGCUUUCUAACUGGACCAGUACAGUAAUUCCCUCCUAUGAUCUAUGAAACAUCCCACAGAAAUACACACAAACACUCUGACACAAGAACUGUUUUUGUUGGCUCCCUGUUCUUCAGAUAAAAAAAGCGAUGGGAAAUUAAGCUAUAGAACUAGAGUGUGUUUGCAUGUUCAAACGUUCUGAAAAGCAUGGAUAGUCUGGCUGCUGAUGCUGCACCACACUUUACCUCAACUAAUGUGUGUGUGUGUGUGUGUGUGUGUGUAUGUGUGUGUGUGCGUGUGUCUGAGAGAGAGGCAGAGAAAGAUGACUGAGGCCUUUAAUAACCAGCCUGUUGAUCAGAACUCAUUCAAAUGUUUUAUUAUUAUUAUUAUUAUCAUUUGGUUAUAAUUUUACAGUUGUUCUGCUAGCUUUUAUGGCAAAACCCAGUUUCUUUCAAUCAAAAGUGCAAAAGUUGAAGGAGAUCAAAAAUUAAAAUGGACACUUAUUAAUGAGGUAUAGCCCUAUUUCACAAUAAGCUUCCUUACAGAAGACACUAGCAAUUCAAAUUAAGUGGUUAUGAAUAUAUAACCACUUUAAGACUCUAUCAUGUGCUCUGCUCAUGUUGAGAAACCAUGUUAAGAAGGAUGGUUGUUUGAUUUUGAAUUGUUUGUUUUGUAUAUAGUUUGCGAAAGGUGUAUACUUUUUAUUUGUCCGUUGGAGAAACCAGUGUUUUUUCCUCUUUGCAUUAACAGCUCCUGGAAAAUAAUGGUGAACAUAACAGAAAACAUCCUGUAAACAGGAAAUGAUGUCAUAAUGCCUUGCAUAAUAUAUCUGUUACAGCUGUGACAACUGAUUACAACCACCUUAACCCUGUGCAUUUUACAUGCACUUAAUAGAUUAUGAAAAAGACUGUUCGGAACUGUGUGCUUUAAUUAUGCUCUCCAAUCAUGUAAAUUGACUUUACUUCAAAUGAACCCAUGAGCAGUACAAUUGGAGCAGCAUUUGAGUAAUAAGACUUAGAGAAAUCUCACUCAAAAUGGAAUCUUCACAGACUCAUCGCAAGGGAAUGUUCUCUGAUGCUAUAUUCCCAAUAAGUUUUCUCUGAGCCAGAACAUUUCACUGCUUGGAAAACGACAGAGAUGGCAAAGAAAUUGCAGUUGAAGGGAAUUCCUAUGGUGCUAUUCAGUGUCUCCAAAAAAAAAAAAAAAAAAAAAAACAGGUCCCAUGAGACAAUGCUCCAAUCAUUCAGUGAAUGUGUUGGUGCAAUGGAGAAGCAACGCUGAAAUAAUGUUGCUUAUCAACACAGAAAGAACAUUUAUAAACUUCUCACAACAUGGACAGCAGUGUUGUGGAGGAACAAUUAUUGCCUUAGAACCAAAAUGUAUAUUCUUGCACAUGAUGAUGUUUCCGUAGAUAAAUGUUGUUGUUGUUGUCGUUGUUGUUGUUGUUGUUUUUUUGUUUUUUUGUUUUUUUUGUUGAAAUUAUUAUAAUAUUUUAUUUGAUAUUAAGUUUAAAGAACAUGAACUUUAUUUUAAAAAAAGAAGCUUAAACGGACUGACCUGAAGCCGUCCCCUUCUUUCAUCCCUUCUCAAACACACAUUUUAAUGCUUUAAAGUCUGCAGUUAGACUAGGUGAACUGUGAUGGUAUGUGUGCACCUAUUUGUCUGAGAUUGAGUGUUAAACAGUCACAGCACAGGUCAUGUGACUCUGCUGUGCGUGUUUCUGUAUGUGCCAAGCUCCUGUUAAGUCUACUCUUGAUGAACUAUGACAUAUGACAAUGUGACACAUGAUUUUAUUUUACUGUUUCAGUAUCAGCCUAGAGAUGAAAAAAGGACACUUCACUGUUAACAGUGAUUAAAUUCAUGUCAGGUCAACAAAA